CUGCGUGAGUGGUACUUACAGUACUGCAGCCUCAGGAGAGGUGCUUCUGGAGCUCGGAGUGGUGCCGGAGCUGGUGCUAGUGCUUCCCCUCCUAGGCGGGAGCUGUCCUCUCCCGAGCAGCUCCGAGAGUGGUACUCUAGGCGCUGCAGUCUCCGGAGUGGCGCUCCCGGUGUCGUGGACUCUGGAGCUUCUGGAGUUACUGGAGGUGCUGCUGCUGCUGGUGGUGCGGCUGGCGCUGCUAGAGGUGCUACUGGUGCUGCUGGAGCUGCUGGAGGUACUGCUGCUACUGGAGGUGCUGCUGGCGCUGCUGGAGGUACUACUGGUUCUGGUGCUGCUGGAGCUGCUGGAGGUGCUGCUGCUGCUGGCGGUGCGGCUGGCGCUGCUGGAGGUGCUGCUGGUGCUGCUGGCGCUGCUGGAGGUGCUAUUGGUGCUGGAGCUACUGGAGCUGCUGGUGGUACUGCUGCUGCUGGCGGUGCUGCUGGCGCUGCUGGAGGUGCUGCUGGUACUGGUGCUGCUGGAGCUGCUGGAGGUGCUGCUGCUGCUGGUGGUGCUGCUGGCACUGCUGGAGGUGCUGCUGGUACUGGAGCUGCUGGGGACCCUGCUGCUGCUGGCGGUGCUGCUGGAGCUGCUGGGACUGGCCCUGCUGAGGGGGUUGGAGCUAGAGGUGCUGAGCGGCCACGGCCGUACUACGUUCCGCUCCUUCAGCAGCGUGUCCCACUGCCGUCUCCACCAGCGUCCUCUCUUCCUGCUCUUGCUGACCCGGAGUCUGACUCUCUUCGUGCUGCCAGUCCUACUGUCACGCGUCUCCUUGCCACUGCUGUCACUGACCCUUCCUUUGAGUCCUCUGCUGCGUCUGCUCUAGUCGCUGAGCUUGUUGACUUUGCUGCUGCCUGUCGUCUAGACUACGCCGCUAGCCUUGUUGCUGAGUCUGAGUCUGAGUCUGUCUGUCCUCCGUCUGUCGGGGGUGAGUGUGCUCUUGGCACGGACGUCCUUGAGGACAGACAGGAGGAGUUUGAGUGCUUUGCCGCUGCUUUGCCUCAUCUCGUGUCCAUGCUAGUUGCCCCUGAGGGAGACCCGGAUGCACCAGACAUCCCGACCCCACGCUCCUACGCAGAGGCGAUGGAGGGUCCCUACUCCUCUCAGUGGCAGACAGCCAUGGACGCAGAGAUGGCUUCCUGGAAGUCCACAGGCACCUACGUCGACGAGGUUCCCCCACCUGGGGCGAACAUCGUCAGUGGCAUGUGGAUUUUCAGGGUGAAGCGGCCGCCGGGUUCUCCGCCUGUCUUCAAGGCGCGUUACGUUGCACGAGGCUUCAGUCAGCGAGAGGGAGUUGACUUCUUCCAGACCUUCUCCCCGACCCCGAAGAUGACCACUCUUCGGGUUCUGCUGCACGUCGCUGCUCAGCGUGACUACGAGCUCCACUCUCUUGACUUCAGCACUGCGUUCUUACAGGGCAGCCUGCACGAGGAGAUCUGGCUGCGCCGCCCACCUGGCUUCACUGGGUCGUUCCCUCCUGGUACCCAGUGGAGCCUCCGGCGGCCAGUCUACGGUCUCCGCCAGGCACCCCACCUGGGUGAGCUGACAAGCUAUCUUGGCUUGCGGAUCACCCGGGACAGAGCACAGCGCACCAUCACCUUGACUCAGUCACACAUGGUGCAGCAGGUCCUUCAGCGCUUCCGCUUCACGUACUCCUCGCCUCAGCCCACUCCUCUGCCUACCGGUCACUCGCUCUCAGCUCUGCCUUCGGAUGAGUCCGUAGAGCCGAAUGGCCCGUAUCCAGAGCUUGUGGGCUGCCUCAUGUACCUGAUGACCUGCACUCGACCUGACCUGGCAUACCUUCUUAGCAUCUUAGCACGCUAUGUCUCUCCCGGCCGUCACCGGAAGGAGCACAUGGAUGCCGCUAAGAGAAUGUUGCGCUACUUGUGCAGUACGUCGGGCAUGGGGCUCGUGCUUGGAGGUCGGAGCGACGUUGUCCUCACGGGUCACUCAGACGCUUCUUGGGCUGACGACCAGGCUACGCAGCGGUCGUCUCAGGGUUACACCUUCAGCCUUGGCUCUGGUUCAGUUUCUUGGCGUUCUACUCGCUCUUCUUCUGUUCUCAGCUCCAGUUGUGAGGCUGAGAUCUACGCCACAGCCAUGGCUGCACAGGAGUUACGCUGGCUCACCUACCUGCUGACCGACCUGGGAGAGCGGCCUCGUUCUCCUCCAGUGCUGUACGUUGACAACAAGGCCGCCAUUGCCUUGUGUGAGGAGCACAGACUGGAGCACAGGAUGAAGCACAUCGCUCUGCGCUACUUCCUUGCUCGAGAGCUGCAGCAGCGUGGUCAGCUUCGUCUGCGUUACGUGGCCACUCGGGCCAACACUGCUGAUGUGUUCACCAAGGCGCUUCAGCCUUGUGACCAUCAGCGUUUCUGUACUGUUCUAGGCCUUGUGCCUACUCUCCCUCACUUGCUCACUUCUUGA